CGCUCCUGAUGUGAAUCUAAAGCUGGACGGUGAGUGAGGAGCUGCGCGCGCUCCCGCCUGCACGCUCGCGCCAUGUGAGCGCAGCACAGCUGAGGGGAAACUAACAGAGCAGCAGCUCGUUUCUAACACACACAGUCAGACGAUGUGGCCUUUUUCGCGAUUCAGCGCGCAUUUGUGAGGGACAUCGCAGUGCAGCCAUGACCUCGGUGUGGAAGAGACUCCAGCGCGUGGGGAAGAGGGCGUCCCGCUUCCAAUUCGUGGCGUCCUUCUCGGAGCUGACGGUGGAGUGCACCAACAAGUGGCAGCCAGAUAAGCUGAGAGUGGUUUGGACGAGACGAAACAGACGCAUCUGCACUAAGCUUCAUGGCUGGCAGCCAGGCAUCAAGAACCCGUACAGAGGGACGGUGGUGUGGCAGGUGCCUGAGAAUGUGGAGACUACUGUCACACUCUUCAAGGAUCCAAAUGCUGAUGAAUUUGAAGACAAAGACUGGACAUUCAUCAUUGAAAACGAAACAAAGGGUCAUCGCAAAGUUCUAGCCUCAGCGGAUGUAAACAUGAAGAAAUAUGUCAACGCCACUUCAGCACAGUUUGACCUGACGCUCAGAAUGAAGCCUCUUUCUGUGAAAGUGGUGGAGGCCACACUCAAGCUCACUCUGACAUGCAUUUUCCUUAAAGAGGGCAAGGCCACUGAUGAGGACAUGCAGAGCUUAGCCAGUCUAAUGAGCCUAAAGCAUUCAGAUGUGGGAAACCUGGAGGACUUUAAUGACAGUGAUGAGGAGGACAGGAGGACGAGCACAGGAGGAAACAUCAGCAUAGCAGCAACAGCUCCUCUUCCUCCUGUUAGAAGAGUUCAUGAUCAGGCAUGGAGGCCUGCUGCAGACGCAAACCCGUCUGUCACAGUUCAUUCUGAAAUGGAAUGGACGAGUUUGUCGGUCACUACUCCUAACCUUCCUCCUCCACCCUCUCUGAAUCCUUUUCUUCCACUACUUCCACCUCCUCCCAUCCAACCGCUCCACCCUGCUGGCUCCGUCCAGCACACACGCCCCUCCCCUUACGCCUUCACUGUGCCAGCAUUCAUCCGUGCUCAUCCUCCUGCCCUGCCCAAAAUCUUCCAGCCAACAGCAGGCUCAGUGCCUAUGUCUGUUCCCCAAAGGCCCUCUGGAGGCCAAGCUGACAUUAGUAUGAUGGAGAUCAGCUCCGCUGAGGGUGCUGUUGCAUCACAACCACGACCCUUCUCCUCCGCUUUGCCCAGCGUUCCUUCUUUCUCUCUCUCUUCCAACUUUUCCGUCUCUACCUCUCAGCCUACUCCUCUACCUGAUAUUGCUCAGACAGCCACUCAGGCUGCCCCAGGAGUCUGGAGACCUCUCAGUUUUCCCUCUUUACGUCCACAUCCUUCUGCCUCCAGCCCUGUUACUUCUAGUCUUGGCUCUGCCCAUACUGGCUCUAUACCUCCCCCUGCACAAUGCCCUUUAAAAGCCUACCGUGUUUCACUGGCUGAGCCAGGCUCCACUCUCACAAGGCCCACCAGCAUGCCUUCUGCUACUGAGACAGCAUCUUGGCAGAGGGAAUGGAAGUCUCCUGAAGUGAAGCCCAGCCUAUGUCCUGUUCCUGCUAGCUUAGCGGAACCCAUCUGUCAUAUGCCUGUGCAAAGCACACAGACACUUCGCAGACCUGCCUCCAUUUCAUCUACCCCUGUUUUAGACCCUCCCCUUAAAAAAGCCAUUACUCAUGUGUAUCCUCCUCCACCCCUAAAUGCACCACAUCCUCCUUUGUCUUCUCCUCAAGUGUCUUCUCCCACCCCUGAUGGUGCUUUCCAACCAGUGAGAGCCGGGUAUUCUACUGUAGCUCCGCCUUCAUGCUUAAUACCAUCUGAGGUGGCUUCUGUUCCUACUUCCCCUUCUUCUUGUGUUUUUGCACCUUCCAAACCCCAGCCACCUGUCCCCUUAUUCCCUGCUGCCAUCCCUCCGCCUGCUUCUAUUGCCUUACCUUUGCUCUCCCCCUCCCUCACUCCUGCUUUGUCGUCUAGCUCCCCACCUACUCCUCACCCCCCUGUUUCUGCUCUACCAUCAUCUGCCCACAUUUCUGGCUCUGCUGCUGUUGGUCCUGUGGUCACUCCAUCCGUCGACUGUCAGACAGACCCUUUCCAUGGGGUCCAAACGUCAGAAUGGAGGCACCAGGUUGUCCCCACCGUGGUUAGGCCAAAUGUACGCAGACCUACAGCCCCCCUUAAUGUGAAUUCCCCUACCUCUACUUUUUCCCUCUCUCUUCCUACACUCUCUCCCCCACCUCCUGUGCUGUCUUGCUCCCAAUUUCUGCCCCAAACUGCCAUCGCUCCCCCGAUUGCACCUGUCCCUGACACGUGUAAAGAAGUGUAUCGACAGUUGAGCAUAUUGACAGAGGAGGAAUAUCCCAGUGCAGUGAGUCCUGGUGAGGAGAAGACAGAUACCAAAACAUCAAAUGCCCAUGGAACCAACGACUUCAGAUCUUCACCCCGUAAAGCUGGAAUGAUCAGCAUAGACAGUCAGAGACCAGAGAACUCCAAAGACAAGCAUCAAUUGGCUGUUCCUGGGGUCAAGAAACAGGAAGGAGAGUCAGUCUUUGGACUGAAGAUUGUAAAACCAGCAUCAGGACAAGAAGCCGCUGAGGAAUCUUCUAGUCUACCUGUUGCAAUGCCUCGUGUGAAGAAACGUCUAAGUGGCUCGUUCCCAGACAGCACUGCAUCUCCCAAUGAUGAAUCAUCUGACCAACAAGGGGCUUCGAGUCAGAAUGUUACUGAACCAGUUGUUCGCCUUCGGAGCAAGAAGAAAACAGAAGCAGAAGCCAUAGGCCAUCAUGGAAGUUCUGUAGAUAAUACUGCUUCAUCCAGUGAGACAGAGACAGUAAGGUUUGUGGACUCUAGCCAGUCUCUGCUAGAGUGGUGCCAAAAGGUCACGCAAGGUUAUAAAGGGGUAAAGAUCACUAACUUCAGCACUUCAUGGCGGAAUGGACUUGCUUUCUGUGCCAUCCUACAUCAUUUCCACCCCAACAAAGUGGGUUAUGAAAUGCUAGAUCCUUAUGACAUCAAACGGAACAACAAAAAGGCUUUUGAUGGCUUUGCUGCACUGGGCAUCUCCAGACUAAUGGAGCCCUCUGACAUGGUGAUGCUGGCUGUACCUGACCGACUCAUUGUUAUGACUUACCUCAACCAGAUCCGAACACACUUUACUGGCCAGGAGCUUAAUGUGGUGCAGAUAGAAAAGAACAGCAGUGAGUCUAGCUAUGUGGUUGGGGAGAAGAUACAGGAAGCGGACCCUGAGGCUGCUGCUCGCUAUUGUGCUGAGAGGCUACAAAGCAGCUAUGUUUCUCAAGAGACCAAUGGGAAUGUCUCUGAUAAAGGGGUAAAGGGGGACACAGAUAGCAGUAGGACUAUUGUACCACCACCUCGAGCUAAGCGGACUCAAGGGACGAGUCAGGCUGGAGGCUCUGGAGGUGCCCAAGCACCAGUGGCCCCACCAAGGACUCACUCUUCCUCUACCAAGGGUUUUGCUCAUGUCAGGGAUGCAGAUUUGGUAAAGAAGCGUCGAUCCCAGCUGAGAGGGGAGUCUUUUGAUGAGGCUGAACUGGCAGAGAAGCAAACAGCAGCAGAGAGUGCGUCAGGUCGUGCAGACAGUGGAGCAGCAAAAGGACGACCAGGAUCCCCUGCAAAUGUAGAGGGUGGUGAAGAAAGAACAGCAAGAUAUAGCCAGGAUGUCAGUCAGUAUGUCCUGAGUGAGAUGCAGGCUCUAGAGACAGAGCAGAGGCAGAUAGAUCACAGGGCUGGAACUGUGGAGAGAAAACUACGAAGACUUAUGGAGUCUGGUAGUGAUCGUGUGGAGGAAGAGACAUUAAUUCAGGAGUGGUUCACACUGGUUAACAAGAAGAAUGCUCUAAUCAGGAGGCAGGAUCAUCUCCAGUUACUGCAAGAGGAGCAGGAUUUGGAGAGGAAGUUUGAAUUGUUAAAGAAAGAACUCAGAGACCUCAUGGCUGUAGAGGAAUGGCAGAAGACACAGGCCCAUAAAACCAGAGAGCAGUUGCUGCUGCAGGAAUUGGUGUCUCUUGUAAACCAGAGAGAUGAGCUGGUCCACGACAUGGAUGCCAAAGAGAGAGGGGCACUGGAGGAAGACGAGCGGCUGGAGAGAGGUCUGGAGCAGAGACGCAGAAAGUACAGUAGUCGGAAAGAGAAGUGCAUAUUACAGUGAGGGACAUAUGGAUGAAUAUAUGGACAAGAAAUGUGGACGAGAGUGAGAACGUUGAGGGUCAAUUUGCACCUCUCUGCACUGUGCCAAGUUUGCAUAAGAAGAAAAUGUUGAAGGGGAGAAGGCUGGAUAUUGCCUUUCGCUCUUCAACUAGGACUCCCAGAGGAAAAAUGAGAUGUAGAAAUAGAGGGUCCCCAUAUUGGAAGAAUUCAGAGCAGGUUUUUUUUUUUUUAGAAUAGCUGUAUUUUCUUAAUAGGUCAGUUUGUACCUUUUUGAAUAUGCAAAGAUUUUUCAUGGAAUCUGCUGAAAUGGAGACUCAUAAGGGUUCAGUUUAAAAUGUUACUUUUUAAAUGUUGAAUAUGCUUCUUUGUAUUUUGUAGUUUAAAUAUUGCUACAUUUUACUCAAAAUACAGUUGUGGCCUUGCAGUUGCAUUGUAUCCACUGGCUUGCUACAGACAAAUGCCAAAGGACUGUUUGACAAGUAGAUACCAGACAUUAAUGCUUAAAUAUUGCAAACUAAUUGGCCUUAAAAAGAAAUGGGUUUUAUUGGAUCAUUUUUAGUGUUUACGAAGACCAUAGGUAAAAUCUGAAUGAAUCGAAUGAGUUGUACUUUGCAUUUUAUAGUACAGAUGUUCUGUUUUUAGACAAGUGACAGCUCCAGACAUCUGUAUAUCUGUAUAUUCAGCCAAGAAAAACAUGGAGAUGUGUGGGAAAUCUGUAUGCGGGAAACUGCAUUUUAGAGACAUGGGAUACAGGUAAUAAAGUGGAGUUUACUUUAUCUUUAAACCAGAUUAAUACUUUAGUUGCAUGGCCUUUGGUGUCUUGCUGUUGGAUUUUCCUGGUUGUGCUCACUGAUUGAUCUCGGAAAUUACCAAAAUAUGGAGAAACUCAUCUACAAAUUGACUACAAAAACAGCAAAUGAACACCUUACAAACUUUACCACAGGUCUUAAGACUGCCUUUGUUUCAGUAGUAGGUAGUAGCUCUAUAGAACACAGAUUGUAUUUAUUUAUUUUAGUACUGUUUUGAAUUGUAUGCACUUGUUAGGAUGUGUGAAUGUAGAAAUAUGUUUAAAGCCCUAAAUGAUGAGUAAAAAAGUGACCUUUUAAUUUAAUUUCUUACACUUUAUGUUUUCAAAAAGAUAUCCAGUACUGCAUGUUGCUUUACAAAGCAACAGACAUGGAGUGCUUAGUGGCAAAAUAGUGGUGAGUUAUGUUACCAGCAGAAACAUGCAUUUCCUGAGGAACUUCCACAAUAACAGUAUUAUUUUUGACAUCCUCAUUACUGGCAAACUACAAAAAUAAUGUAGCUUAUUAUGUAUUAUUUUGUGAAUGUGUGGGUGAUUCUGGUUCUUUUCUUUUAAGGUGUGUUAGUCCUGUUUUUAGGGUUGGGGGUGUUUAAAUUGUCACCAUUUGUGGCUUAUGUGUUAAAUAAAGAGUUACUUCACUCCACUGUUCACUAAUGUACUGCACUUAGAAUUGCACUACUCAGAAAUCUGCUUUGGAAAAUAAAAAUUUGUUUUCGUGGUGUCUCAGGCAA